UCCAAAAUAAGGUAAAAAUAAAACUCCAUCAUAUUAAAUCAUCAUAAAUUAAGGGUGACAAGAAGUUUUAAUAAACUCAUAACCACAAAAAAAUAAUCUUAAGAGUAACUUCAAAAAGGCAUUUAAAGCCAUUAAUAAUACAACCAAAACGACCAAUACACUGUGGUAUGGAAAUAUACUAUGUACCAUGACUUCCUCAAUAUAAGUAAACCUUUCCAUAUUUAAGCCACGGCUUUUAAAGUUGUUCUACAAUUUGCUUCUCAAGCUAAUUAAUUGGUUUGUUAUCUAACUAGUUUAGCUUCACUUUAUAUCAUGGCUGCAUUACCUACGGCUGCGUUCAAGCCUGUGCAAGAAGUACUCGAAGGCGAAGGCGUUGUGCCGGGGAGAUACAUCAAACACAAGGAUGAACACACACAAGAAGAUGGUGAUGUUCUCCUUCCUAUGAUGGAUUGUACAAUAAUUGACCUCGCGCUCCUUUCAUCAUCAUCUCCUCAAGAGCUUGCAAAGCUUCACUCUGCCCUUAACUCGUGGGGUUGUGUCCAGGUUGUCAAUCAUGGCAUGACAAGUUCAUUUCUUGACGAGGUACGAGGAGUCAUUGAGCAAUUUUUUGCACUGCCUACAAACGAAAAGCAAAAAUACUUUCGCAAAGAGGAAUCCGGUUCAUCUGAUGCGCCACUUGAAGGCUAUGCGAACGAUGAUGUAUACCAACAAAAGACUUUAAAUUGGAAUGAUAAUAUGCACCUCCUACUUUUUCCAUUGGCUAAGUGCAAAUUUGAGCUUUGGCCUCAAAAACCUUCCAAUUUCAGGACAAUUUUAGAGAAUUAUACGACUAAAUCAAAGAUGUUAUUUGACUCACUCCUAAGAGCUAUGGCACGUUCAUUGAAACUGGAUGAGAACAACUUCUUUGAGCUAUGGGGGAAUGAUGAAGAAGAUACAAUACUUGGAAGGUUCAAUUUUUAUCCUCGAUGCCCGGCCUCAAAUCGAGUCGAUGGUUUAAAACCACAUGGAGAUGGAUCUGCCAUUACCAUUGUCUUACAAGACAAUAAGGUUGAAGGGCUACAAAUUUUGAAAGAUGGUAAGUGGUUUAGGGUUCCUAUCAUCCCUGAGGCUAUCUUACUCUUUAUUGGAGAUCAAAUGGAGAUUGCAAGUAAUGGUAUAUUCAAGAGCCCAGCCCACAAAGUUGUUGUAAGCCCAUAUAAUGAUCGGGUAUCUUUAGCCAUGUUUUGUAUUCCAAACCCAGAAAAAGAGAUAGGGCCUCUAAAGGAACUGAUAAACGAAGAUAGGCCCCAAUUAUACAAAAGGCUCAAGGACUAUGGUAAAAUUUUCUUUCAAUACUACCCUGAGAAUGAUGCGGAUAGGUUGAUCCACACAGUAAAGAUCAACUAUUAAUUUGUAUUUGUUCCAAUAUAGAAACACAAAUUCUAUUCAUGUGGAUUUAGACAAUAAGCCUAUCUGUUGUUGAAUAAUUGGUCGAUUAUUAAUUGUUUUUCAAUGAUAAUAGCCAUAUCCUCAUUACCGACUUUUAUAUUGUUGUUUUACAAAUCCAUAAUAAUAGAGAAGAAAUCAUCU